GGUACGCUCAGCUCCUCUCUCGCGAAACAGCACGUCGGGGCAAUCGAUCUACCAGAGCUCUCGAGUAGGUCGCCGUCCUUCUCCCUCCUUUCCUACUCCGGCCUGCUCCCUCCUCUCUCUUCCCUCCUCUAGGAAAUCCGGCAUACCCUUCGCCCUUCUUCCCUGCCGACUUGCAGCGCCGCCGUCCGCCGCCGUUACCCUGCCCAAACCCUAGGGUCGAGCUUGGGGUUGGGGAACGGCGCGGGAUGCUCCCCUGGUGGCGCUAGCCCCGCCAGUAUCUUCUGGCCGUGGUGACGCGGCUGCUCUCUCCGCUGGCACGGACGCGGCCGUCCGUCCGGCCGGCCGGCCAGCCUCUCCCGUGGUAGAUGGUCCUCCAUGCGAUUGAUUGCCUGGCCUCUCUCCCGUGGUUGAUUCUCCACUAGCACACAUGCGCUGGCCAGCCGGAUUGUGCAGUCCUUGAUUGAUCCCCUGGCACGCACGCGAAUGAGCGGCAUCUUGCUUUCUCUAUGAUCUAGUAUUUUAGUUUACUCUGUACAAUAAGUGGGGCUUCAGGAUGUAAGUGGCAGCAGCGUUUCGCGAUCCCACAUACGCCGCCCGCGAAAUUUGGCCCAAAUGGCGUAAGCGGCCCACCACAAGAUUUAUAUGGCGCUGGUGGACAAAACCUGAAAGGCCACGAUUCCCAGCGGCUCAUCCUCGAGCAGACGGAGGGGCUCCUCCUCCGCGCGACCGCGCCGCCACUCGUCUCCUCCGCGCCGCCCCCGACCACCUCCUCCGCCCCGGACCACCUCCUCCGCCCCCGACCACCUCCUCCGCGCCGCCCCCAACCACCUCCAGCGGCAGCAGCAUGCGCCGCCCCAACCACCUCCAGCGGCAGCAGCACGCGCCGCCCCCAACCACCUCAAGCGGCAGCAGCAGAUGGAUCUGGCGGAGCCUACCUUCCCCGUGCCCUCCGCCUCGACCAUGGCCGCUCCAGCACCAGCAGGCCCGUGCAGCGGCGGGAGCAAGUCCGUGCUCGACGGGAUGGCUGGCCCAUCCAUGAAGCCGGUUGAGCUCGAAGAAUUGGCUGCCUCAUCCAUGAAGCCGGUUCACCUCGAAGAAAUGGCUGGCCCAUCCAUGAAGCCGGUUGAGCUCGAAGAAUUGGAUCCCAUGGGUGAUGUUGACAAGCAGAGGCUAAAGUGGGAAACCAUCAAUGAGGACCAGCAGGUGUGGGAUGCCCUUGAUGAGCAGCGAAACUUGAGCAAGAACUCUGAAAUGCUCACAGUUUAUGCUGUUUCUAGAGGUUACCUCUACUGGAUGCUCUCUUUUGUUUUUGGCUGCAGCAAUGCCAUGUAUCGACAUGCCUGCCUCUUUACUGAAACCUGUAUGUUGGUGUGUCGUUAACGAGAUUCAGAUUGAUGUUUUCUGCUGAA